AUGCCUUCCUACCUCAUCACCGGCGCAUCUCGCGGGCUCGGCUUCGAGUUCCUCCGCCAGCUCUCCGCAGACCCAACCAACCUCGUCAUCGGCCUUGUGCGCAACAAGGCUGCGACAGAGGAGAAAGUCGCCCAUGAGCUGAAGCGCGACAACAUCCGUAUCGUCCAGGGCGAGCUCACCGACUAUGAUUCUCUCAAGAACGCAGUCGAAGCCGUCGAGAAAAUCACCCCCAGCCUCGACCACCUGAUCGCAAACGCGGCCGUCGUCUCGACCUGGUCUGCGUGGGAUGGCCUCGGUACGCUCGCCGCCAAAGACCCCGCAGGCCUAACCGCCGACCUGCUCUCAUCCCUCAACACGAAUCUCAUCGGCAACAUCAACCUAAUCACCCUCUUCCUCCCGCUAAUCCAACGCUCGGCCAUCAAAAAAGUCAUCGCCAUCACAACCGGCAUGGCGGACCUCGACUUCAUAGCGCACUACAACAUCGCCAUCGGCGCCCCCUACAGCAUCAGCAAGGCCGCCCUCAACGCCGCCAUCGCAAAGUUCAGCGCCGAGUACCGCAAAGACGGGAUUCUGUUCCUCGGUCUCUCGCCCGGCCUGGUUGAUACGUCUGAGGGGAAGGCUGAGAUGACGGAGGAGCAGAAGGCGGGCGUUGCGAGCAUGGUAGCGCAGUUUGCCACGUAUGCGCCUGCGUGGAAGGGCCCGAUUACGCCGGAGGAGUCGGUGGGGUUGUUGAGGGGCGUGAUUGAGAGGGCGCAUGUGGACCGGGGGUAUGCGGGGGCGUUUCUGAAUGAAAGGCUUCCCAUCGCAUACAACAACCAACUAGAUCCUUCUCCAAUCACAUACCGUACCAGUAUCCAAACCCUCACGAACCCAGCGCCAAAAGCUCGAGGAUCCGCCGCACGCGAUCUCCCGGCCCCAGACUGCCCUCCAACUGCUCCACAAGCCCAAGAGCCUCCUUCUGCAGGCCAUCCAGCCGCCUGCGGCAGUACUCAACGCUGCCCGUCGACUCCACAUACCGAAUAG